CGACUCUCUCUGCUACUUCACAUGGAGAACAAUAAUAAGCAGCAGCAGCUGCAGCAGUUGAAGAAGAAGAAAUGUUUCCUCCCACUUGUGUGUUCUCUCCUCUUAUCUUCCCUUUUCGUCUCUGCUUCUCUCUUCUCCUAUUACGGUCUCUCACCAUUUAUCCGUAGCUUACCUGACAGAAAGAUUCCCUUUUUUGUUGAAUCCAAGUUUCGUAUCUCUUCCACUUCUUCUAUCAACUCUAUUCCACGGAUCGCUUACCUUAUCUCUGGAUCCACUGGAGAUGGGGAGAGUUUGAAGAGGACUCUUAAAGCCCUUUAUCAUCCACUCAACCAGUAUGUUGUGCAUUUGGACCUCGAAGCUUCUCCAGCCGAGCGUCUUGACUUGAUCGAUUUUGUACGGCGGGAGCCUGUUUUUGUUAAGGUGGGUAAUGUUCGAGCUAUUGUGAAGUCGAAUUUGGUGACUUACAGGGGGCCGACGAUGGUUAGUAAUACACUUCACGCGGCUGCAAUUUUGUUCAGGGAAGGGGGAGAUUGGGAUUGGUUUAUUAAUCUCAGUGCUUCGGAUUAUCCUUUGGUCACACAAGAUGAUCUGCUUCAUGCACUGUCGCCCAUUCCAAGACUCCUUAACUUUCUCGAGCAUACAAGUGACAUUGGAUGGAAAGAGGACCAGAGAGCCAAGCCCAUCAUCAUAGAUCCUGGGCUUUAUAGCCUGAAAAAAUCUGACGUUUUCUGGGCUUCGGAAAGAAGGAGUAUACCUACAGCAUUUAAGUUGUUUACAGGUUCUGCGUGGAUGAUGCUAUCUCGCCCAUUCAUCGAAUAUCUUUUAUGGGGUUGGGACAACCUCCCACGUGUGGUCCUGAUGUACUAUGCCAACUUCCUUUCUUCACCUGAGGGUUACUUCCAUACAGUCAUUUGCAAUGCAGAGGAGUUUCGCAACCAUACUGUAAACCAUGACCUCCAUUUCAUCUCUUGGGAUAAUCCCCCAAAACAGCAUCCCCAUUUCCUCAAUGUCAAUGACUUCCAGAGAAUGAUUGACAGCAAUGCUCCCUUUGCAAGGAAGUUUGGCAGGAACGAAUCAGUGCUCGACAAGAUUGAUGUGGAGCUCUUGAGCCGUUCAGCCGAUGGAUUUGUUCAUGGUGGAUGGUUUGAUAAGUGGACAAAUAUGAACUCAAGUGUCCCACUUUACUCCCCGGUGAAUGCAACUGUGCUCAGGCCUGGACCUGGUGUUGACCGACUCAAACGUCUCAUCAACGGUUUGCUUUCAGAAGAGGAUUUCCAUGCAAAGCAGUGUACAUGACAACUAAAGUGAGCAAAAUGACAGUUUAUGUACUGAAGAUGAUCUUCAUACGUUGUAGUAUACACACCCAACUGGUUGUGGCAGCUGCUUGUUUUGCUUCUAAUCCAUGCUCUGCUCUGUUUGGAAUUAUAACUCCAGGUGGAAGAAUUCUCCUUCCAGGUAAUAAUGGGUUUGA